AUGAAGUCUGAGCUGCUUCUUCUGCUCACUGUUACGCUGAACCUGGAGAUUUCCUUCCUGGAAGAAGCACAAGUCGAAGCUUCUAUAAAUCUUCAAGAGAAGAUCUGCUCUGAGCAUGAUAAAGUCCUGGAGAUCUACUGUCGUACCGACCGAAGCUUCAUCUGUUAUCUGUGUAUGACGGAUGAACACAGAAGCCACGACACCGUCUCAGUUAAAGCCUACAGAACUGAACAACAGACUGAGCUGAAGGAGGAGCAGAUGAAAUUCCAGCAGAGAAUCCAGGAGAAGCAGAAGAAGGUGCAGGAGCUAAAACAGGCUGUGAACAUUAUAAAGCUCAGUGCACAGACAGCAGUAGAUGACAGUGGGAAGAUCUUUACUGAGAUGAUCAGCUCCAUGGAGAAAAAGCGCUCGGAGGUGACGGAGCUGAUCAGAGAUCAGGAGAAGGCUGAACUGAGUAGAGCUGAACGACUCCUGGAGCAACUGGAGCAGGAGAUUUCUGAUCUUCAGAGGAGAAUCACUGAGCUGGAGCAGCUUUCACACACACACGAUCACAUCCAUUUCCUCCAGGAAGUAAAGGUUUUAGUCUCCAGACAUCAGAGUCCCAAAACCGAAAGACCAAAUGUUCCAGCUGAUGUGUGUGAAGAUUCACUCAGCAUCACUGUCAAUAUCUUUUUUGAUGCAGUGAGGAAAUCUCUCUCUGACCUGAAAAAGAGACUUGAGGAAUUCUGCCAGGAGAAAUUUAUCAAAAUCCGUGAACAUACUGAGAAUGUUCAGAUUUUACUUUCAGAACCAAAAAGCAGGGACGAGUUUCUGAAAUAUUUCUGUGAUCUGACGUUGGAUCCCAACACAGUAGAUUAUUACCUCAUUCUGUCUGAGAAGAACAAAGUGGUGACACUCAGUGAGACAAAGCAGCCAUACUCUGAUCAUCCAGAGAGAUUUAACUUCUACAGCCAGGUGUUAAGUAAAGAGAGUGUGUGUGAACGCUGUUACUGGGAGGUGGAGUGGAGCAGUGAGAGUAUUAUAUUCAUAUCAAUUUCAUAUAAAGAUAUCAGAAGGAAAGGACAGGGUGAUGACUGUGUGUUUGGACACAACAAUCAGUCCUGGAGUCUGCAGUGUUCUUCUUCUUCUGUUUAUUUCUGGCACAACAAAGUUAAAACUGAUCUCAAAGUUCCAUCAUCCUCCAGAAUAGGAGUGUAUGUGGAUCACAAUGCAGGAACUCCUCCACAGACUCCACACCACAUUCACUCAACCUCUAUACGCUGGAUUCUGGUUUUACAUUUGUAA